AUGCUUAAAGAUUUGAUUGCUCAAGAGGAAAGACCUUAUGAUGAUUUGGCUGAAUUAAGAAGGAUGAUUGCAUAAACUGAAUAAUGCAUGGUCGAAUAUGUGGAUGACAUGCAUAAGUUAAACAAGAAUGUCGUAAAAUAUAAUAAUGAAGCAAAAAAAAUAGGAAUGGGUGUUGAUGCUUAAUUGUUUGAUUUCGUAGAUCAUAAAUGCAACAAAUAUUUAACUAAGUCAAAGACUACUACAAUCAUUAAAGAUAAAAAAUAUUGA